UCUCAGCGCAGCAUCCUCUACCCCUAGCGGCCCCGGGAUGUGAGCUUGGUAGUGGGGGGGCGAGGACUAGGGAUUUUGAGCCACGAUUUAGUGCGUUCAGUUCCAGUGCAUUUAGGAAAGUCUGCCCACUUCACCCGCAGAAAUGAGCGGCGGGUUGGCCCCAAGUAAAAGCACCGUGUAUGUAUCCAACUUGCCCUUUUCUCUGACCAAUAAUGAUUUAUUCCGGAUAUUUUCCAAGUAUGGCCAAGUUGUAAAGGUUACUAUAAUGAAAGACAAAGAUACCAGGAGGAGUAAAGGGGUUGCAUUUAUUUUGUUUUUGGAUAAAGACUCUGCACAAAACUGUACCAGAGCAAUAAACAAUAAGCAGUUAUUUGGUAGGGUAAUAAAAGCAAGCAUUGCUAUUGACAAUGGAAGAGCAGCUGAGUUCAUCCGAAGACGGAACUACUUUGAUAAGUCUAAGUGUUAUGAAUGUGGGGAAAGUGGACACUUAAGUUAUGCCUGUCCUAAAAAUAUGCUUGGAGAACGUGAACCUCCAAAGAAGAAAGAGAAAAAGAAAAAAAAGAAAGUUCCUGAGCCAGAAGAAGAAAUUGAAGAAAUAGAAGAAAGUGAAGAUGAAGGAGAAGAUCCUGCUCUGGACAGUCUCAGUCAGGCCAUAGCUUUCCAGCAAGCCAAAAUUGAAGAAGAACAAAACAAGUGGAAACCCAGUUUGGGGGGCCCUUCAACAUCAGAUGAUUCAAGACGCCCAAGAAUAAAGAAAAGCACAUAUUUCAGUGAUGAAGAAGAACUCAGUGACUAAACUUAUACUUCUUAUUAUGUAAAUAUCAUUUUUAAAUGUUCAUCUUGAAGCACCACAUUUAUUUGGACUCAAGACUACUUUUAGAAAUUGAGCAUACAAACAGUACCAAAUAGUUUGGUUUUUUUUUUUUUACUACAAAAUAGUCCAUAGAAGCUGCAAAAUACUUUUCAUGUAUCAUGUUUCCAUCUUGCAUUAGCAGAGUGGAUGGAAAAAACAAGAUUUGUUAUUAAGCAUCACUCUUGAAAAUAGUUCAUUAGAAUUAAAAAAAAAAAAAGUACCAGAGUAAUGCUAUCGUCAUCCCAAGAAAAAUAAAUAGAUUUGUUUGAGACGUUCAUUAUACUAGUUUAUUCACAUCUGAUGGUUUACAUGCGGACUUUUAAAAUAAUUUUCAUCUUUAGGAAAAAGAAGUCCAUAAAGACUGUGAAAAGUUGGAUGAUUUACUGUUGUUCAGUGUUAAUAAAAAUGUCAAGAGAAUUUUAUUUUUAAA